AUGUCUGGAACGUGUGACUUACAUGAGGUGGAGAAGGCAAAAGAUGAAAAAUCAGACCCGUUCAGUGUGUGGACCGGGACAGAUUUUGCAAAGCCAGGUUUGCAAAGCUUAGAAGAGUUCAACAUCCGCUUUAGCAGAUACGUCAAUCGAACCCGGACCUUUAACCAAAGUAGCACUUCACUUGGCAAGCAGCUGGAGAGUCUGCGACAGGUCAAAGAGCUCUCGGGUCUUGAGGAUGUAUUUACUGAACAGAUUAAGCAGAACCAGCAGAGAAUCUGGGACCUGCACAAUGAACUUAACCGUCUUGAACAGGAAUUGAAGGAUGCGCAGCGUGCCCUGGAUGACUAUCGCACCCAAUACAGGACUGAAUGUGAACAUCAUGAACAACUGCAGGAUAGUGUUGCAGACCUGAUUAAGGAUAUAAAUGAAGCUUUAUUAAGGAAUCUGGAACUCCAGGUCCGUACUCAGUUCCUGCAGGAAGACAUAGACUCCACUAAAGAAAGAAACAUGAAGAACCUAGCUGAGAUUCAGAGCUACAUGAAUAUCCUAAAGCAAGUCCACCAGCCCUCAAGUCAUGAAUCACCAGCUAUGUUAAGCUCCGAGGGUGCAACACAAGAGCAGAUAGCCAGGACCGUGGAGGGGCAUUACUUGGAUCAGAUGCAAUCAUACAAUGAGCAAAUAGAAGACCUGAGGAAGAAGACAGAAGAAGCUGAGACAAGCUUGGAAAUGUGUGCCAAUGAGUGUCGACAAGUUGUUAUGUACCAACAAUCGUUGGAAAAUGAGCUGGAGCGCUACAAGCGGUUUAUUGCAGACGAAGAUUACCAAUUGCAAUCCAUAGUGGUGAGUGAAGCACAAACUAGCCCUUUGGACACAAGUUCUCAAUAUGAGUGUGUACAAGAUUCUCCAGAGGGCAAGGGUGCCAGUGAAGAGGAAGGAAAACUGGAAAGAUAUUCAGAAAUCAAUGUUCAAAAUGGAAAUAUGAAAAGUAAUGAGGAUAAAGAGGGAGUCUGGGAUGCUGGCCUGGAUGAUGUACCAGAUGGAGCACAGAUAAGUAGAGUUUAUGAUGCAUUGUGUAACAUGGUGAGAGAGAGAAUGAAAAAGGACAAGAGACCAGUAGUACCUGCAGCAGAGUUCUACACCAAAGGGCACCGUGUGCUGGUUACAGGUGAAGCCAGUUAUAUGGAUCCAUUCUUCAGUGCAUCAGUUCCUGCGAGGAGUCAAGUUAUUGUAACUUUUGAUGAUGAUCGCCAUCCAGGUCCCAUUGAUAUCCAACCCCAACCAGGCCUGCCCACGCCAUUAAAACACAAUGGAAAUGGUGAUGGAGAAAAUGGAUUUGACUCCAGUACUGAGAAAGAUGAAGACAAGUUUGAAGAUAAAAAGCAAGAUGAUAGAAAAUCAGAUGCUAACGGAGAACCCAAAAAACCUCCACUUCCACCAUUAGUACCACCCCCAGCACCACCACCAUCAGUGCCAGAACCCUCACAAGUCUCAGAUAACAAGCCAAUACCUUUCAGUGGUCCAUCUCAGCCCCACCCAGAACCAAGUGCCCCUGACGAUUUGAGAUCUAAAUUUACUACCGAUCACAAAGAACAGAAAGAUGGUGAGGAACAAACCAGAAUUAUCACGCCAACACAGCCACUGUCAUCAGAUAAGAAACAACAAAAGGAGCCGAAGUAUAAAUACUAUGAAAAGAUAGAAAUGGUUGAAGCAGUUGAGACAUUCGCAGACAAUGAACUGCAAGGUUAUGAAGAAACCUCCACGAUUGUUGAAACCACUGUAGAAAAAACAAAUCAAGAUAUGAGAGCAAAGAAACUUUAA